AUGAAUUCUAAAGCUACAUGUACUGAAGGUGAAAAUUUAGACCGAAAUCAAUUAAUUGAAUAUAAUCGACGAAGAAGAAUGGAAAAAACUGAAACUGUAUUUUAUUUUAUUUCAUUAAUUCAUAUUGAAUUUUCUGUAUUUAGAUUCAAUCAGUUAAUCUUAAAAUAUUCUCAAAGAACAUAUUUAUCUUUAUCAUCAAAUGAUCGAACAUUAUUAGCAAAUAUAUUACAUGCGUAUGAAAAAACCUGUGUUUCGUUAAAAUUUCAUAAACUUUUAAAAAUGCCUAAUGAUAAUACAUUAUCAUUACAAAAAUUUAUGAAUUCUUUUACACAUAUGUAUAAAGCAUUAAUUGAUUAUUUUAAAUAUAUACCUGAAUUUUCAAAUUUAUCUAUUGAAAUAAAAAUUAGUUUAUUAAAAAGUAAUUUUAAUCAAACAUUUCUUCUUAAUAAUGCAUUAAUUAUACAUGCAACAGGUGUUGUUGAUAAUAUAAAUUCAGUUGAAUUUAAAAAUGUUUUUCCGAUAGAUUUAUUUAUUGAAUUAAACCAUUGUGCCAUGGGUCUUAAUCCGUUUGUUUAUGAUCCUAUUUUUCUGAAAUUAAUAUUAAUUGUAUAA